GGUAGGCAUGGCGCUGGUAAACAAACAAGAAAACCGGCUUUAAUGUUUAUUUGGUUAGAGUUGCCGAUGCUUUUUGCAAUCCUACUAUGUGGCCUCGACCUCAGUUGUGCCGUCUUUGCGAGAGGCCUGCGAACAACGGCGGAUUCCCGGCGGCCGAAGUGGAUUCGGAGAAAUUUGACGAGUGGUGCUUGAAUUAUUUGGGCACUACUUUGGCCGCCGAGCUCAAAGAAGAUGAUCUGAUUUGUUAUUUCUGCGUUUGGGACGCAAGGUGCCUCCAUCAGAAAAAUAAAGAAGCUAAUUCAACAGCUCUUGGUUCAGACUCGUGGCCUGACUUCAAUGGAUUAUGCUGGUGGCCCAGCAUAGAACAAGAAGUAGAAACCAACGUCAAAAUUUUAUUUGACCAUUAUAAAGCUGGACACAUUCAACAGUGUUGGGUGCAAUUAGAGAACAUAAUUCAAUCCGAGGAUGCAACUUUAGUUGAAAGCGAAGAUGAAAUCAUCACCAGUGAGCCAAAACAAGAAUCGAAAGUUAAGUGUGUUUAUUGCUACAAAAUAAGCCCAAAUAUUGAUUGCUUGAGAGGGCAUAUUAAGAAUUGCCAUGAUGAUAUUGCAAUUAAAUGUGAUUAUACUAAAAAAUGUAGCGCAUUUUUCCGAAAUUAUAAAGAAAAAGAAUCGCACAUCAAAGAGUUUCAUCUGAAAUCAAAAGAGAAAGUUCUUUAUGAUUGCAUUUACUGUCCUCGACGAGCCAUGAGAAAAGAAAACCUUGCAUGCCACGUUAGAGAAAGACAUGCUGCUGUUGCGAUCAGGUGCCCUAUUCAAAGGUGCAGUAUUUUGUUCAAAACACAAGAUGAUUUAACCUCUCAUUUGGCAACAACACAUUUAAAAAUGAAGAAAAACAAUAGACUUCAAUGUUCAAUGUGCGAGUUUAAAACCAACGAAAGAGCAAAAAUAUCACAUCAUGAAUUUGUUGUUCACAACAUUGGAAAUAAUUCAUCAUUCAAAUGUCCUAAAUGUUCAGAAAUAUUCAUUACCAAGUACAAAAUGAGAUCUCAUUUCCACGCAAAACACAAUCUCAGGACCUGCCCUGCUUGCAACUGUAAGGUUCCUAGCAAAUGUUUUAACAAGCACAAAACUAAAUCAUCUUGCCGGGAGUGUGGCCUAGAAUUAGAUUGUUGCGAAUCACGCAGACAGCACGAGGUAAAAUGCAGAAAGUUGAUUUACAAUUGUGGAAUGUGUCCCUACAUGUUCCGAUGUAAGUCAACGUUGAAAUAUCACAUCAACCGCAAACAUUUAAACAUCAAAGAUAGCAGUCUUAGGUUUAAACAUUUUGGAUUAGAAUGCAAAAUUUGCUGCAAAUAUUUUUCAACACCAUACACAUUAAAUAACCACCUGCAAACUGUUCACUCUGAAAGAAAGAAUAAAUUCCAAUGCGCCCAUUGUAGCCAGGAAUAUAUGAUAAAAUUUUGCCUAAUAAAUCAUCUUGCAAUGGUGCACGACCUUUUGGAAAAAGAGCAUGAGUGUGAGUAUUGCACAAAAAGAUUUUACAGAGCCAACGAUUUAAAAAGUCACAUUCAAGUGUACCACUCAAAAAAGAUUGUAGAGUGUCGUUUGUGCAAUAGAAUGAUGCUCAAAACUGGUUUAAAGUGACAUUUGAUACAAUUGCAUUCUAUCAAUCAGAUUGAUCAAUAAAAAUCUGUGAUGAAUUCAGUGCUUUUAAAGAAUUUCUACAUACGAUUUUUUCAGGCUGAUCAAGUGAUCUAUUUAAAAAUAUAUUUUAUAAUUUCCUUGUAUAAACUAGUUCAAUUGCAUCAUUCUUACUGUACAUAAUUACAUACCCAGAAUAAUCACAAUAUAAUUUUAAUCAUAGAUGCACAGAAUAGUAUGAUAUAAUAAGUACUUUGAAGUACUUAAGCUAAUAUAUGAAUUUUAUUAAAAUGUAUUUAGACUCUACUUUCAGCGCACUUUAUAUGUUUAGGAUAACAUAAAAUUAAAUUUUUUUUAAGAUAAUUGCGACUUAUUAUUUCUUGGUCUUGUUGUGCCGCCUUUUUUGGACGAAUUUUAUUAUUGUCAAACAACUGUGCU